GUUUGCCCGUUCAAAUCGUAGUCCUGUGAAAACGAGAAUGGAAAAGUGAAGUAACGCAAAGCAAAAAGGCGGUGAGAAUAAGAAUGAAGAUGAUGGGAAGCAAUGUUGAGAGAGAUGGAGAGUUCCUCCUGCCGGUGACCGAAAGCUUGAACCGCGAUGCGGUGCCCGGAUCCUCGUCACUUCCAACUCCUCUUCACGCUCACACUCCCUCUCACCUUCAACCUUCUAGCACAGAGGCAUUUUCAAAAGUUUUGCGCAGUUGGUCUUCCAAAAAGUUCAUGACAGGGUGUGUUAUAUUUCUCCCGAUAGCUAUUACAUUCUACAUUACAUGGUGGUUCAUUCAUUUUGUCGACGGAUUUUUUUCACCAAUUUAUAUUCAUCUUGGCAUCGAUAUAUUCGGGUUGGGGUUCAUCACUUCAAUUACAUUUAUCUUCUUAGUGGGUGUGUUCAUGUCUUCAUGGCUUGGUGCUUCAGUUCUUGGCCUUGGGGAAUGGUUAAUCAAGAAAAUGCCUCUUAUUUCACAUAUUUACUCAGCUUUGAAGCAAAUUAGCAUUGCUAUUAGUCCAGAUCAAACUGCCAGAGCUUUUAAAGAAGUGGUUAUAUUAAAGCAUCCGCGUCUCGGAGAAUAUGCUAUUGGCUUCAUUACCUCUACCGUAAUUCUUAGGACAUUCACAACAGAAGAGAAGCUCACUUGUGUUUAUAUCCCCACGAAUAAUGUGUAUCUCGGGGAUAUUUUUCUAUUUAAUUCCGGAGAUAUUAUUAAAUCGAGUUUAUCAGUUCGGGAAGGAAUUGAAAUAGUUAUUUCAGGUGGCAUGUCAAUUCCGCAAAUAUUGUCAACUAUGGAUGCAAAUGCAACCUUUGUAGGGCAUGGGAGGGUUGGGAAGAGUCCAAGAUAUGCAAAUUCACAAGCUUGA